UGCUUUUCCAACCUUGCCAACCACAAACGCUGCGUCGCAAACGCGUCUGGAGAGAUCUAACAACUCUUGGGACUUAAAACCACCAGACUGUUGUCACGCUUUGAAGAAGCUGGGAUUAUAUUUCUGAUCUGCAAAUAUGGUUCCUGAGGAAAGUGUCGCCUCCUUCGAGAACAGGAUGCAGUCUGCAAGCUUGGCACUGGAGGAGUUGCUUUUAACUGCCCAGAAACAGCACUGCCUCACCAUUGGCAUCUAUGAAUCAGCAAAGCUGCUCAAUGCAGAUCCAGACAGUGUGGUCCUGUGCGUCCUAGCAGCUGAUGAUGAAGAGGACGUGGCACUGCAGAUCCACUUCACGUUGCUGCAGUCUUUUUGCUGUGACAGUGGCAUCAAUAUCCUGCGGGUCUCUGGGGUUCAAAGACUGUGGCAGCUUCUGGGAGGCGUGGAUGCGAACCAAAACCAAGAGGAGAGCGGAGACCUGCACUGCAUGCUGGUCACGAAUCUUCAAGUAGAUCACUACAGACUGCAAGAAGUUGGGAUGUACUGCCAAGAGAGCCGACGCCUCGACCAGUGGGUUCCUGAGCUGGUUCUGCAGGAACGUUGAAGGGUCUUUCCUGAGGAAACCUGGAGUUUCUGGAUUAAACUCCUAAAAGGAACAAAGGAUAUUGAUGCUUGUAAAGCAAUAGGCUUGAGUGGACUUGCUCUCAGUGAGAAAACUGAUAGUAGCAGGGACCUAAAAGGUUCUCCGGGUCGCUCUAAAACAGUUGGACAUUUCUGCAGAAGAUAUAAAAACAGAGGAGUGGAUUAAAUUAUCAUCUCUAAACAGAAACUCUCUUAUUUACCUAUUUGGGCUUCUGUUUGGACAGUCUCAGUGCUCAAGGACUAGUUUAUUGACUGUAACUUUUCCACACCCAGUACAUACCUGGAAGAUUUGUAUGUUUACUAUCUGGACUGACAUGUUGUAAUAGUGAAAGCUACUGUAUAGCCAACAUUCCUGAGUGUUCAGAGUAGGGAGAGUCUCCAGAUAGAAGGGUUGAGUAUGAAAGUGUGGUAUGCAUACACAAUGUCUUUAGAAAAGGCUGGGUGUGCGUUUUUUGCUGAGCAGCUGAACCUGUGGAAGAGUGAUCGCUAUGGAAACUGAAACUGUACUGAAAGAAGACAGAGGAUUUGGCCGGCUUUACAGAACCAACAAACUGAAAAAAAAAACAAGGUCUCCAGACCUGAUGCUUUGGGUCUGAAUUCAAAUCUCAGGAGGAUACAGAUAAUCUGUAUUUCUGAUAAAGACUGUAACAUGAUGUGCCUUUUCUAAUGUGCCUAUUUUCUAAAAAGAUGAAAUGUUUUGUUAAUUUAUUAUUUGUAUAAUUUGUUCGGGUGUAUUUUUGUGCAAUAAGUCAAUAAAUUAUUGGAAUCAUCAAGAGUACUUCUACUCAGAUUUCAAAAGGAAAGUCAA